CACUUAUCCAAACUCAUCCUGUGUGGGGGGCUGGAUCUGAUCCCAGCUGACAAUGGGCUAGAGGCGGGGUACACCCUGACAGGUCACCAGAUGAUCACAGGGCUGACACAUAGAGACAGACAACCAUUCACCCUCUCAUUCACUCCUACAGGCAAUUUAGAGUCACCAGUUAAACCUAAGCUGGAUGUUUUUGGACUGUGGGAGGAAGCCGGAGAGAACCCAAGCUGACACAGGAUACCAUAUAACUACAUUUAUAUAAUCAUAAUUUUCCAUUGUGAUGGCAACAGCAGUAUUUCUCCAGCAGCUGAUCUCAGAUCCAGACAGAUUAAACUGUCUAGUGGAAGAAGCAAAAGAGUUGGCUUUUCUACAUGGGCUUGUGAUGCGCACACUUGAGACUCCCAAUUCAUCUGAGGUGGUGACCCACGCCCCGUUCACACUCUUCCCCUCUCUGGUGUCCAAAGCCGCCCUCCUCCAGGCUCUGGCAGUGCAGACUCACUUCAACACACUGGUGGACAAGAUCAGCCAGGACCCAGACUUUCUGGAAGAGGCUCUUGCAGGUACUGUCCAGGCAGAUGAUUUCACAGCUAAGUUGUUUGACAUUUACAAACAAGUGCAGCAGGAAGGUCGGACACAGUCCAUUGUGUUGGGUUUAAACCGGAUUGAUUACAUGGAGGACCCUAUGGAGGAUGGGACUUCUUCCCUGAAGCAGAUAGAGAUCAACACUAUUGCUGCUGGUGGUUUUGGCGUUUCUGACCGUCUCCCUGAGGUGCACAGACACAUACUGAGGUCAGUUGGUCUUUUGGAAGAGAGCAAGAGUGUCCAGGAUACCAACAGGACUUCUAGAAUGAGUGCCGCUCUCGCCAAGGCCUGGGAGCUCUAUGGCCAACAGGAGGCAGUCAUCCUGUUUCUUGUGGAAGAAUUCCAGAUUUCCAAACUCACUCAUCGUUGCAUUGAGAAAGAGCUUUGGAACAGGAAUAUUCCAGUUAUCCGCAGAAAGUUUGAGGACGUGUACAGUAGAGGAUCUCUUGAUGGUGACAAAAAGAUGUUUAUAGAUGGGCUGGAGGUAGCAGUUGUGUACUACCGCUAUGGCUACAUGCCAGGUCACUACACUGAAGAGACUUGGGAUGCUCGUCUCCUGAUGGAGCGCUCUCAGGCUGUGAAAUGUCCAGAUAUCAGCACUCACCUGGCCGGCACCAAGAAGGUCCAGCAGGUGCUCGCCAGACCUGGAGUUCUGGAGAAGUUCUUCCCCGACCAGCCCCAAGUAGUGGAGCAGAUCAGAGCAACAUUCGCUGGACUUUACACGCUGGACAUGGGUCCAGAAGGGGACCGGACCGUGGCCAUGGCUUUGGCCGACCCGGAUCAGUUUGUCCUGAAGCCUCAGAGAGAAGGAGGAGGCAACAAUUCUUUUGGAGAGGACAUUGUUAGAAUACUACAGGAGGUUAAAAAUGACCAAAGGAGAGCUUCUUAUAUUCUGAUGGAGCGGAUCCGACCCAGAACAGGACAAAACAUCCUGCUGAGGAGAGGACUUCCAGUCAAACUCAGCUCUGUUUGCAGUGAAAUAGGAGUUUAUGGAGCCUAUGUGAGGCAUGGAGGAGAAAUGAUCCUCAAUGAGGCUGCUGGUCACGCUCUGAGGACAAAGAGCAUUGAACACAAUGAUGCAGGGAUGAUUGAUGGAGUUACUGUGUUUGAUAACCCCCUCGUCAUCUGAUAUCAUAUCUACUGAGCAUUUUAUACAGUCUAUGCUACUGAGGCUCUGAUUUAUUAUUUUUUUGCAUGCGUUUCCUAAGUUGCAGUGAACUGAGUUCUCAGGGCCACCAUAAAGAAUCAAACAAAAGCAGUUAUAAUCAGCUUGCAGCAAGGUUAUCAUAGUUA